CUGAAGCGCAGUCAGCAGAGGAAGGAAGAAGAGAACGGAGUUGCUGUCUCAUCAGUUUGACAAGGGCAUGGGGAGAAGACUCUUCGUAGUGUUUCGCUAAAUUAAUAAACGCUUUUUGUUCAUCACAUGUCGUUUAGUACCGUAUGCUUGAGAGUAAAAUGGCUUUGAUCCUUGUCAGGAGGUCAUCUUUUCCAGUGCUGAAAACGAGCAGAUCGCUGUUCAGGGAGUUCGAUAAAGUCAAACUAAGAUGUUCUACUUGUUUCAGCUGCACAGCUCUUCGACUUGGGAGUCAUAGGAAUGUAACCAUCAGAAAUGGGAGUGUUUUUUUGCCACUUAGUGUUGGCCAUAGCUCCAGUUAUUGCAGCUGGACAAGGGGGAGAAUCAGAUGCUACAAUGGAGUGUUGGAUGGCUCGCAUUUAUUGGGCCCUGUGGCUUCCCUAGGAGUUGUAGGACCCUGGCAUGGUCCAGUAAGGUGGUGGCAUUCCACUAAUAAUUUAUAUGAUGAUUCCAAAGUGGAGAAAUCUUUGAAAUCUCUUAAGGACAAAAACAAGAAACUGGAGGAGGGAGGUCCAGUAUACAGCCCUACUGUUGAUAUAGAACCUGUUAGAAAGACAAUAACACAAAGAGUAAUAGAUGAAGUAAAGCACUAUUACCAUGGAUUUCGAUUGCUGUGGAUUGAUACAAAAAUAGCAGGCCGUAUGCUAUGGGGAAUCCUCAAUGGACAUAUUCUCUCCCGGAGGGAGCGGAGACAGUUUCUCAGAACCUGUGCAGAUGUUUUCAGACUGGUGCCCUUCUUGGUUUUCAUCAUUGUUCCGUUCAUGGAGUUUCUUCUGCCAGUAGCACUUAAACUGUUCCCUAAUAUGCUCCCUUCAACAUUUGAAACAAAGUCCAAGAAGGAGGAGCGAUUAAAGAAAGAACUCAGAGUAAAGCUUGAAAUGGCCAAAUUUCUUCAGGACACUAUUGAGGAGAUUGCACUUCGCAACAAGGCUGCUAAGGAACAUGUUUCUGUGGAGUUUUCCUCUUUCUUUCAGAAGAUUAGAAACUCCGGUGAAAGACCCAGCAAUGAAGAGAUUAUUCGUUUCUCUAAGCUUUUUGAGGAUGAACUGACUCUGGACAACUUGUCCAGGCCUCAGCUGGUUGCUCUCUGCAAACUACUGGAGCUCCAAUCUAUUGGAACCAACAAUUUUCUCAGAUUUCAAAUAAUAAUGAAAUUAAGGGCCAUUCGUGCAGAUGAUAAGCUAAUUGCAGAGGAGGGGGUGGACAGCUUGAAUGUAAACGAGAUACAAGCAGCAUGUCGCGUACGAGGAAUGAGGGCACUAGGUGUUACUGAGGAGCGUCUCAGGGAGCAGCUGAAGCAGUGGCUGGAGCUGCACUUGGACCAGCAGAUCCCUACAUCUCUACUGUUGCUUUCUAGAGCAAUGUAUCUACCCGACACUCUGUCUCCAGCUGACCAGCUGAAGACCACACUGCAGAACCUGCCUGAAACAAUGGCAAAGGAAGCUACUAUCAUGGUAGCAGAAGUAGAAUGUGGAAAGGUGGACAACAAGACUAAGCUGGAAGCAACAUUGCAAGAAGAGGCUGCUAUCAAAAAGGAAAACCAAGAACGGGAAAUGGAGAGGCUAGCAGAUGCAGCUGAAAAGGCUAAAGAAGUUCUACAAGUUGCUGCUCGAAAAGAAAUGGAGUCUGCGGUAGACCUAGAAGUUUCAGCUGUCAACAUUAAGAAAAGCCAGAUUGCCAUGGACACUAAGCAGGAGUUGGCCAAUGUGGACUUGGCAAUUCACUCACAGACCUUGCAGGACACAGCUCCUGUCUUGGAAGGGAUAAAGGGAGAAGAGAUUACCAAAGAGGAGAUCGACAUGCUUAGUGAUGCCUGCACUAAAUUGAAGGAGCAGAAGAAACUGCUGACUAAGGAAAAGGAGGAGCUAGAGGAUCUAAAAGAUGAUAUACAGGAGUACAAUGAGGACCUAGAGGAGAUAAAGAAAGAGCUAUUAAAGAGUGGACAAGAAGAGGUUGUCCAAGAAUCCAAAGCCAGCAAGAGACUUUCUAAAAGAGUAAACCGAAUGAUUGGCCGUAUUGACAAGAUAAUUUCAGAGCUAGAAACUGACCAGAAGGUUCUGGAUGGGCAAUUAGACAGUGGAGCAACACCUCCAAUUGGCAUUUAUUUCACAUUUAGGGAGAAUGUCAUCAGUAUUAAUGAGCUAAUCGGCGUUAUGCGUCAGAUACAGAACAUUCCUGAGCACAAGCUGCAACUUAUUGCUAAAGCUUUGGAUGAAAAUAAAGAUGGCAAAAUUGACAUUGAUGAUGUUAUCAAGGUCGUUGAAUUAAUUGACAAGGAGGAUAUUGAUAUCUCAGCUGGCCAAGUUGCAGAGAUCAUGGCAAUGCUUCAAAAGGAAGAGAAACUGGUAGAAAAAGAGAAGGCCAAGGAAAAAGCAGCAGAAGUUCAGAACUGAGCCCAUUUUCACCCUUCAGUGGUUUGAUGUUCACCUUCUAUGUAAAAACACCAGUAACCUCAGAUUUAUAGAAUGGUGGAGCUGCAAAGAAUAUUUUUCUCUAUUUUUUUCUUGAGUUUGUUGAACAAUAAGGGGCAGAAUCCUCAAAAUCAUUGGUGCAAUGUGAUAUUUGUUGCACAGUUGAAUAUACACCAUGGUAGCUUUGCUUUUUGUGGUGGGGUACUUUUUUAGAUGUAAGACAAAGGCUGCUUCAUCAUAAAGUUGAAAAAAGUUUUUCAUUGCACACUAAAUCAUUCAUGAUUCCUUAAGCAUAUAAACUAUAAGUUUGUAAUUUUUUAAUGACUGAGUCUAUGUACUCCCUUAAAUUAUUGUAUUUAACAUGCUUUACUGAUAAAGGUGAUCAUAAAUAUGGUAAUAUUUUGUAUACGAGUAGGUUAACUCAAAGAAGAAAUGAUGAUUUUUAAAAGUACAGUAAUUAAUAAUAAAUGGGAACAACCAGAAUAAGCUGCUGCACUGUUUUGAGGAGGUUUUGUAUGAAAGCCUUUUUUCGUAUUUAAAAUAGGAAGUUUUUUUUUUUUUUUAAACUAAUAUUUUGAGCACUGAAAGUACCAAAGGCAGGAAAACUGUUGUUAAUUUUUAUUUUAUAUUAUGAUUUUUGGCUUUUAGACAGCUUUGUAAUUUAUCACAUUUAAUACUACUAUCCUUAGGCCUGUGUACAUGUCAGUUAGGAUUAAUAAAUGUAUUUCAGCUUUCAUAAUUUAUUUUGACUUAAAUGUUUGACAUGCAUUUGUUAGCAUAAAAUAUGUUGGUUUUAAUCAUAUUUGAAAAAGGAGUCAAAAAAUACGGUUUGUGAAAUUAUUUGUAAAGAGUGAUAUUGAGCUACUGUACCACUGCAGUCUUUUGGCUGUCUUUUACUAUACAAAUCAUUGCCAUAUUAAAUCCUUCUACUCCCAUGUUCAAAUAGCACAUAUACAAUGA